UCUUACUUUAUCGGUGUCUCUUACUCCCUUUCCAAGAAUACUCGAAAAGAAGAAAGACACGCUCUAGCUUUCAUUUUUCUAUCUAUCUAUCUAUCUAUCUAUCCCGCUCAUUCGAAUUCUGACUCUCCUCUUCCUACUCCUCCACUCCUCGUUCUCUCGGGACACGCUUAGCAGAGGCAGCUUGGCAUAUUGCCAGCCGAGUUUAGCAGCCGAUUUUUACACACAGGAAUAACUAUCACGUUUAUUUAAACCAAGCAACAAUAUUGGAAAAGGGAUAAAGAGUGGGAAGGGAGCAAAAGGAGGAAGAAAAAAAAAAGAGGGAGAUACAGUGAGAAAAAAGAGAGAAAGUGGGAGAGAAAUCGAGAUGGAUGAGAAAGAGGGAAAAAGUUUGUAAAAAAAGAAAAAAGAAAGAAAAUGGGGGAAAGACCUGCAUAAACGGAAGCGAUAGUAACCAAAAACAUUAAAAAGAAAACGGGCUGGGUUUUUCAUAGUUUUCUUUACACCUUUUUUUUUUCUUUGUUUCAUCUAUUUCAAAAUACAGGGUUAUUUUGUCACUCAAUCACUAACUGACUGGCUUAAAACUCCUUCGCUCCUUUUCCAUCUACACUCAGUCAGUCACUCACUCCCACUACCUUCACUCAUUUUACUAGUUUCUCUUCAUCUCACCACUGCCACCACCACCAUUACUAUCGUCUCUCUUCCCACCUGUACAACAACAACUGAACUGUCCACGUUACUUAGUUAUAUACGGCCCACCGGUCCGGUCGGUCGGUCGACACAUGAAUGGAGGCCUUUUCUUUUUGUUUAUCACCAUCAUUCCCAUUAUUAUUAUUACUAUUAUUAUUAAUACUAUCACAACAGUCUUUACCGGUGUGGACACUGGAGGUGUUAUUUUCCACUUAAAACCAUGAACAGUCGACAAAAAUCUUGGACAUAACGUCAAAUCGCUAUCGUUUGUAAAUUAUUCAUAUUUUGUUUUUAUUUUUUGUUUGUGUGUGUGUGGUUUUGUUUUCUGCCGCAACAGGGGGAAAAAAGAAAAGGAAAAGGUCACCCUACCCCCAUAAAAACACAAGGUGUUUGUUCGAGAAUAGCUUAAACCGCUUCUAUCCCCUCCAUAUUAUAAACACACACACAGCUUAUAUAUAUAUAUAUAUAUAUAUAGCCCUAUUGUUUAUUGAAAACAAAAAUCACUUCCUUUUCAGUCUCUCGCUUUGUUAGAUUAAAGAUAAAACUUAAAAGCUAAUCAGUUUUACCUUGUGUAGAAAAAAAAAAAAGUGAAAUAAAACAGAAAAUAGAUAAAAAAAAAAUUAUCAGUCGUGGGUGAAGGCAAUAACAAAUAACAAAGUGUAUACCUAACUUGUUUUACUGUACCUCGGCCUUUUACACUUUUUACUGAAGCAGAGAGAGAAUAAGGUACACUUAAGGACAGAUCCCGGAAAAUAUGACAAACCGGGGGAGUAGGUUACAUUUUAUGUGGAUAUUUAUCCUUGGAUAUUUACUCUGGAGUCCUCAUGCUUCGGCAAACGAGUACAUCACAUCUUUGCACAAAGAUAAACCAAGUCCUCCAGCAUUCACAGAAGAAUUGAAAGCUGGUAGUGUGAAAAAAGUUGGAGAACGCCAGAUACUUAGUUGUCGAGCUUUUGGACUGCCAACACCAACAUAUUCUUGGUUGAAAAAUGGCCAAGUAUUUAAUGAUACCACUAAUAGCUAUAUUGAACUGGAGCUUAAGCAUUCUGAUGCUGGGGAGUACCGUUGUAUAGCCAAAAACUCCCAAGGGUCUAUCAUCAGCAACAAAGUUCAUGUCCAAGUUUCAUAUAUCAGCUCUUUUGAUAUGACCUCAAUACCUCAAACAAUCAGGGCUAAUGUUGGAGACGCCAUUAUUUUACCUGUACCUCCUAUAGAAAGUGUGCCUUUUCCUGAAAUAACGUGGUUCAAUGGGACAAAAAGCUUAAAAGCUGAAAGUAAACGUUAUGACUUUACUGUAAACCAUUCAUUAGUCUUAUUGAAUUUGUCUCCUCAUGAUGAUGGCAGGACCUUCCAUGUCAGAGCCAACAACACGCUAGAUGAACCAGUUUCCAGUGAAUCUUUCACUAUUUUCAUUACAAAUCCUAGAAAUAUAGAAAGAAUUGCUCCAACAAUUGUUGUUCCUCCCGUUGAUACAACUACUAACAACAAUGAAAUCACUCAAUUUAUCUGUAUCGUCAAUGCUAGACCAUUAAAAUAUAACAUCUCAUGGUUCCGAAAAGUGAAAAACGAAAGUAUCUUACUUACUGGGCCUAAAUACAUUCUAUCAAAAUAUAAACGGAAAUUAAAUAUUAAAAAUCCUACUACAGCCGACAGUGGCAUCUAUGAAUGUGUAGUGAAAUCAAACUACCCCACUGUCAGAGCAUCAGCUCGUCUUACCGUACUAGUGCCUCCAUUCAUUGAAGCUGAUGAAGUCAAAUCUAGACCAGAAUAUGGUAGCAAUGUGCAACUGCACUGCACUGCCUUCGGAACACCAAAACCUCACAUUCAGUGGUACUUAAAUGCUGAAGAAAUUACAUCCUCUAACAGUAAGCAUAGAAUUCUUCCCAAUGGAACUCUGAAAAUUAACAAUGUUAACUCCAUGGACUCUGGGAAAUACCAGUGUUUUGCUCAAAAUGCUGCCGGGGAAACUUACAAGUCAUUUCACCUUGUCGUAAACAGUUCACCUCCAGAAAUGCUAGGAUCAAAAUUAAUCAAUCAAACUGUUUGGGAAGGAUCAGAUGUGCGACUUACAGCUAAUGUUAAAGGAGCACCAGGCCCAAGUGUUAUUUGGUCCCGUUAUAUUGGUAAUGACUGGGAAAACAUUAGCAGCACAGGUCGUUUACAGUUGGUUCAACCUGACCUCUUACUUAUCACUAACAGCAAACCGGAUGAUACGGGCGUCUAUAAGUUUGUUGCAUUCAAUGAGAUGGGAAUCGUCCAAUCUAAAAUGUUUCUUAAUGUUAAGAAAAGAACUCAAAUCAGUCUUCCCCCACAGACCCAAUCUUUAGUUUUUGGUAGCACAGCAAUUCUCCGAUGUGGUGUCAGUAGUGAUCCAUCAGUGACUGUGAGAUGGCAGUGGAUACACGAGAAACCCCCAGAUAAUAAAAGAACUAUUAUCAAACCUAGUGAACGACACAGCAUUGAGAAUGGGACACUGCGUAUCAAAAGUGUCAAUGGUAUUGAUGUUGGUAAUUACACCUGCAUUGUUACUUCCUCUGCAGGCAAUGAUAGCAGAAUGGCUUCUAUUACUGUUAUGGAGGUACCAUAUCCUCCAAUCAUUUUAAAUGUGUUCGCACACAGCAACUCUCCUGGCAGCGUAUCUAUUACAUGGCAAGCUGGUGACGAUGGUAAUUCCCCUAUCACAGGUUACAUUAUACAACACAAGCUAAUUAAUCAAGGUUCUCCUUCCAGCAUAUUGAAUCCUCCUUGGGACACUUACCAAAAUACAAUUGAUGCUCAGGUUCGUAACUACACUGUAACAGGUCUGCAACCUGCCAGUUACUAUCAGUUCCGGAUUAUGGCAGUCAAUCAGGUGGGUGAAGGUAGACCCAGCGAGCCAGCUCCUGAUCCACCACUACUUAUACCCCAGCAGCCACCAAGUGGUCCACCAAGAAGUCUAGUUGGACGUCCUCUAAGUAACUCCUCUGUUUUAAUCAACUGGCUACCUCCUUCACAGGUUCACUGGAAUGGCCCAUUGACUGGUUAUGUAAUUCGUUACAAACCACAGAGUUAUAAUGAUAAAUUUGCCCAGCAAGAGGAAGCCGGUGUCAAAAACCAAAUGAAAGUCAUAACAGGCCUGGUAACAUUUACACACUAUGAAAUCAAGAUAGCUGCUCGCAAUGCCAAAGGAGUUGGUGUCUUCAGUAAUCCUAUAACUGUUCUAACAGAGGAAGGUAGUCCCACAGCACCUCCAACCAAUGUCUCUGCUCUAGCUAUUAAUUCCACUGUUAUUGAAGUAAAAUGGAAGCCACCUCUUUCAUCUCAAAUUUUUGGAUUACUCUUAGGGUACCAUAUCAUUGCCCGUCCCCUAGAUAAAGCAUCAGGUGCUGAAACAGUAUCAGUACAAAUAACAGUAAAUUCUGAGAAACGGUACGGAUGGCAAGAAGGUUAUAUUGGAAAUCUAGAGAAGUAUGCUAAUUACAAACUCACGGUUGACAGCUACACUUUGAAAGGUUCCGGCCCAGAAAGUGUGCCUAUAAUUGUAAGAACUUUGGAAGAUUUUCCUGAUAAAGUUGCGCAUAUUGGCUUCAAGAAUGUCACAGAUCGUUCCGUUGUAGUGAUAUGGAAAGCACCACUUAAGAGAAAUGGUAUUCUUCUAGGUUAUACAUUGAAGUACAUUGAAAAAAAUUCCACCGAUGUAAUUCCUAUGACCUUUAGUCCUCAACAGUUAAGUUACAAAAUCACAUCAUUGAAACCAACGACAGUAUACACAAUUUCUGUAGCUGCACAGACAACAGUUGGCCUUGGCCCCUUCUAUUCUGCAGAUGUUCGUUCAGGAUUUACACCAGUACCCCCUGGAGCACCAAGCAGCUUAGGAAUCAGUAACAUUCAUCCCACAUCUUGCCAACUAAGAUUCACUCCAGGUUUUGAUGGUAAAACUUCCAUUACUCAGUGGAUUAUUGAAGCUCAGGUUAAUUUAAAUAAGAAAUGGAAAAAAAUUUACAGUGUAUCUGCUCCAGACGCUACAACAUUGAGAAUUCCAAAUCUAUACCCUUACACACAUUAUCGUCUUCGCAUCAUAGCUGAAAACACUGCUGGUCGUAGUAACCACAGUGAGCCAUCUCGACUGUUUCAAACAAGUCCUGCUCCACCCAGUAGACCUCCCGGAAAUGUUACAGUUCAAGCUAUCAAUGAGACAGCAUUCCGUAUCAGCUGGAUGUUAUUAACAAAGCAAGACUGGAAUGGAGUACCCCGUGGCUAUGAAAUAUUGUACAAAAUUGUUGGCAGAAAUGAAAGUUGGACAGUAGUUACUCUGGAGAAUGCUUUCAAUAAUUACAGCUAUAUUCUGAAUGGUCUCAAUGAGUGGGUGCUGUACAAAGUGAAGAUGAAUUCCUAUAAUUUUGUUGGCAGAAGUCCUUUCAGUCCAGUAAUCAGCCAAAAAACCAUGGAGUCUGUGCCAUCAUCUGGACCAAGCAAUGUAACUGGAGAAGCAGUUUCUUCAUCUUCUAUUCAUAUCCAGUGGGGGGAUGUGCCUCUCUUUGAACAAAAUGGCCUAGUCCUUGGAUAUAAGAUCAAAUAUCAAGCUGUGGAUAAAGGAAUGGUGCCAAAAUUCCAAACUGUGAAUAAUGAAACAAGGCAAUAUGAAUUGCAUAACCUGUUGAAGUAUGUCAGAUAUCAGAUAAAUGUGCUUGCCUUCACUAAAAUGGGUGAUGGUGUGCUCAGUGAACCAACACUAUUUAUCAAAACUAAGGAGGAUGUUCCUGAUCCACCUAUUAUAAUAUACUUUCCUACUGUAACAUAUGAAAUGGCAAAAGUGGUAUGGGCACCUCCAAAGAAGCCAAAUGGCAUCAUUCUGAAAUACAGAGUGUCUUACGGACUAAAAGCUAACUUCAGUUAUCAACAACCAAAUUAUACAAUUGUAAAUGCCAAUGUAAAUAACUUCACAGCAUACAACCUCAAAAAAGAGAAGUAUUAUAUUUUCAGUGUUGCUGCUAAGACUGCUCUUGGCUGGGGAAAUGCAAGUGAAGUUUUGGUAUUCACUACUGCUAAAAGAUAUCCUCCUGAAAGCCCGUCAAAGCCAGUUAAAAGUUCCCGAGUUUGGUCACGAUCUAUCACCAUCAGCUGGCAUCAUGGUAACGAUGGCUAUGGACCAUUACGGAACUUCACUAUCCAAUAUCAGAAAAAAUACCAGCAAGGUUGGGACACAGUAAAAAGUGUUGUGCCACCUUCUGUGACAACAUACACCAUUACAAACUUAAAGCCUAAUACUAUCUAUCGAUUCCGAGUAGCAGCCACAAAUGAUAUCGGUACAAGUAAUUUCAGUGAGAGCUCCGAUGAUGUUCGUACAGAAGAAGAUAAGCCAGAAGAUGCACCAGAGAAUGUAAAAGUGGUUGCUGUAUCUACAAAUUCAGUCAAUGUUACUUGGCAGCCACCUACUAAAAGUUCCUGGAAUGGCAUUCUGAAGGGAUACAUUGUUGAAUAUUGUAAAGAAAACAAUGCAGAAUUCAAAGUCAAAGUACCAUUUGAUCCUAAUUCAAGCACAAUAUGGAAAGAGCUCACUGACUUAGACAAGUUUGUGACAUAUGAAUUUCGUAUUUUGGCCUACAAUAAGAAAGGAAAUGGACCAACUAGUAAACCUGUUAUGUAUUUUGUAGGUUAUGCACCGCCAGCAGCUGCGCCAUUGAAUGUUACAGCUGUAGCUGUAAGUGGUUCAGAAAUCAGAGUCUCCUGGUUACCACCCUUGAAACGUACUCAAAACGGCGAAAUAUCUGGCUAUAAAGUUAUCUACCACCGUAUUUUCAAGAACAAAAGUGUCGACCGAACAGAACUAACAUCAUUAAAGCUGCAAGUUUCCCUUGUAAAAUUGAAAAUGUAUACAGAAUAUUCUAUAUCUGUGUGUGCCUUCACUACUGCAGGUCCGGGUCCCUUAACAAAACCUGUUAUUGUACGCACUAAAGAAGGAGCACCUGGAGCUCCUGGCAAAUUGAAGUUUUAUAACAUCAUGCUACACUCACUCAAUGUCAGCUGGUCGGAACCAAGUGAACCAAAUGGAUUAAUAAGAUACUACCACGUCAUAUUUUCCCAGAAAUAUACUGAUGCAGGUGGUAAGAAAAUGGUGCAGCUGACCAUUCCUGGUGAUAGAUUAUAUUACCAUGCUAAGGAGCUUGAGGCAAAUAAAACAUAUGAAUUCACUGUACAAGCCGAAACCAUUAAAUUGGGAACGAAACAAGUUGGAAAAGUUACGACUGGGCCUCAGAUUGGAUCACCUACUUCUCCUGUUACACCACAGAUUGAAAUGACUGACCGAGGAGUGAAUAUAACAUGGCGUAAAGGCUAUGAAGGAGCUUAUCCAAUUCUUGGCUAUCUUCUACAAGCCAAAAAGCAAGAUCCUCUAAGCAUGCAAGCAGCUCGCAAGAAAAGAGAAAGUGUUAAAAACUCUACAACUAUCAGAGGAAAAUGGACUGAUAUUUUGUUGAAAGAAUCACCACAGACUGGUGCAUUGCUUAAUAUUCACAGCUUAGAUACUGGCAAAGUGUACCAAUUCCGUGUACUUGCCUACAAUUGGCUUGGAAUUGGACCUCCAAGUGAACCAUCUAAACCUAUGUUGAUACAAGAUCCAGAAAAAGGUGAAAUUGGAAAAAUGCGUACAUUCAGUGAACGGCCGUUUCAUACAGAAUGGUGGUUCUUGCUUAUUAUUGCCCUGAGUGGUUUAAUUGUCAUAAUGGCUGUUGUGCUGUUAUUGGUCCUGGUUGGCAGGAAGCGAAAGAUGACCCGUGAAACUAUUCGCAGACGUAACACCCCACCUCUUCCACUGGAACCCCCAGUACUUGAUGAUGGAGGAUUUUCUACAUUUGAUCGACGUCAGUCACGUAGAACUAUCGGUCAUCGUACCAAUUCUUUGCGUAGUAUGAGAUCACCACCACGACCCAGUCCUGCUAGUGUGACAUAUUCUGAUGAUGACUUGGACACUAAACCUCCAUUAGAUGACAACAGUAGUAGCUUAACAGAAAAGCCAGAUUUAGAAGAGUUGACAGAACCAAGUGACGAGAGUGAAGAUGAAACUGUAAAAAAUACAAAUACCACAACUGCUGGAACAUUCUACAAUCAGUACGUUAACGAUACAGUCCGCCAGUCUUGGCAGCAGAGCAAUCCUCGAUCAAUGUAUAGCGCCUACAACUACACAGAUAGUGAGGAAGCUGAUAGUAGCACUUACGGCAUGAAUGUUAAUGGUGGCUACAUGAUGGUUAAUAAUACUGCAGGAUCUCGAACACCAGUCGCAGGUUUUUCAUCGUUUGUUUAAGAACUUGAUCAGUUUUGAUUCAUUUUGAAAGAUUUCUAGCUUUAACAGAGAUAGAUUUGAUGAAGAAGAAACAAUAUGAAUGAUAAUAACAAACAACUAACCAGAAAGAGAAAACAUCAUAAUCAUCAUUGAAAUCUGUGCCAAAAAGAAAUUUGCAAAGAACAACUGUCAACAUACAUGCAUAAUGUAUUUAUGCAAUAUAUGCACACUUGCAUGUAUAAUGUGUAUGUUUUGAAAUGUUAUGAAGCGUGGCUUGCUCUGAUAAAACCACUGCAGCUGGUCAGCAAUAAUCUGGGUGAUUCUUGCAGUCAAUAAUGCACUGAUAUUGCAGUUUGGUCCAUGGUCUAUGGUCCAUUUUACUCUGGAAACAAAAGAGUCUGGGACAUCUAUGCUUGUCAACUCUCCCCCCCCCCGUUUGUGAUAUUUCUUUUAUAUGUGAGGAAACAGUAUGGACUCCUUCCAAUCUAUCUAACAUUCUAACAAACUCCUACACAAACACACACACACACACACACAUAUAUACACAUACAUACAAACACACAUAUAUCUGUGUGUGUGUAUAUGUAUGUGUGCAUGUGCACAUAUAUAUAUAUAUAUACAUGUGAAUUCAUAUAUAUAUACACACACACACACACACACAUAUAUAUAUGAGGAGGGGAAUGUAAAAUUCCAGUUAAUUUAUAAUAUGCCUGACAUAUUUUUUAAAUGUCAAAACCAAAAAAUAUAUCGCAUCAAUUUUAUUCUUUUAUUUUCCAUUUUUAUGUCCUUUCCAUUUCUUUUUCCUUUUUUCCAAUCCCUACCCUCACACUCACACACACACACACACACACAUAUAUACACACAAAUGCACACAUACUUUUUUCUGUUGAAAUUUUUUUUCUUUUACUCCAAUAAUCAUUGAAGCAAUCAAGUUAAUUGAAUGAAAAUAGAUCAAUGUAUCAUUGUCAGAUUUUCAUGAUUUUCCUAAAAAUCUUUAAACUGGUGGAAGGGGAAGCCCUCCACCCUCACCCACCGCCACAUCACCAUCGCUGCUAUUAAGAACGUACCUUUGUUUUGUAUGUGUGUGUGUGUAUGUAUGUAGAUACAUACAUAUAUAUAUAUAUAUAUAUAUAUAUAUAUAUAUAUAUAUAUAUAUAUAUAUAUUUAAUCAGCCCCAUGGCAGUGUCCCAUCAUUGCUGCAGCCAAACAGCUGACAGUACCAUAAGAGUAAUCCCAAUAUACACGUCUUUUUCCUUGAUUAAUUUGUCAUCAUCAUCUUCAUUAUCACCAUCAAUAUCAUCAGUAUUUUCAUACAACACUGUGGUGCAUCGAGAGGCAGUAAAUUCUUGCAAACCAGAGUCCACAACUCAGUUUCAGUUGUCCAGAUGAAUUUGCUUGUCUUCAAUCAACAUUACUGAUUCUGUUGGAAGAGUCAUGAUUGUCUCAUAAAUGUCUUUUCCCCAAUCAUCUCUGUUGAAAAUUAUCAUCACCAUCAUCAUUAUUAAUAUUAUUAAUGUGGUGAGCUAGCAUAAUUGUUAGUAUGCUGAACAAAAUACUUGGUAGCAUUUCUUCUGGCUCUGUGUUCUGAGUUCACAUUCCACCAAUGUCAACUUUGCCUUUCAUUGUUAUGAGUCAAUAAUAUCUGAGUAUUAGGGUCAUUGUAAUCAAGCAACCCCUUCCCCUAAAAUUUCAGGCUAUGAGCCUAUAGUAAAAAGGAUUAUUAUUAUUAUUAUUAUUAUUAUUAUUAUUAUUAUUAUUAUAUAAAAUUUGUAUUACCUAUUUGUUGUGUAACAAAUGAAAAUGGGUUAUAAUACAUGGCCAUAUAAGUAGAGGAAAAGAUGAAAUAGCAGUAAAAGAGAGCAAAAGUGUGUGAGUUAAAUUACUGAGGGAAGAACUUAAAGAGUGAUAAAGAAAAUUGAUGUGGGACAUCGAUGUGAAAGUAUGAGAAAUAAGACAAUGUGGAAGAAUGAUAAAAUGGGAAAAGGAGCUGGGGAGGUAAAUCAUGUGAGAGCAGGUAUGAAUGAAGAAAAAGGGACAUGCACAUACAAUCUCUCUCUUUCUCUCACUAUAUAUAUAUAUAAACACACACACAUACAUAAAUAUUGUAAGCUAGAAGAGAUUAGAUAAUCCUGAUGCCUACCUCAUGAAGCACUCAUACAAUUGAUGGCUGUCUGGAAUUGUAGAAAGGAGAAUUUCUCCUGCAGAAAAUCAGGUUUUGAACAAAUGGAAAGUUCAAAAGGUUCCCUUUUGAUGUAAAGUAUAAAUGAUUAUAAGAGAAGAGUGGAGUUUAUGGCAUUACAUUUAUUCCAUGGUUUACAAUUGUUUCAGCAACUUGCAGGUGACCAAUCACACUUCAUGUCUGUAGGUAUGGAUAAUAGCAACAAUUUAGUCAUGCAUAUUACAUAAUGUAUAUUACAUAAUAGAACUAAAUUGGGAAAAAAAUUUUCUUUGAUUGGUUCUGAAGAAAUAACUUCUGGUGCUAUUAUGCAAUAUCACAUGAUCACAUAACCAACCAGACUAUGGAAUGUUGUUAUACAUUGCUGGUGACAAUGCACUUCGUAUUGUUUUAGCCCUCUGAAUAAUGCCACCCCACUGGCUUGGCAAGCAGAUCAGCAUUCCCCCUGAGUGUACUAGAGCAGUGUGAAAUGAAGUGUUUUGCUCAGGAACACAACACACCACUUGGUCCAGGAAUCAAAUCCACAAUCUGGUAAUUGUGAGUGUGACACCCUGAACAUUUGGCCAUGCACCUUCACAUUAUGCAAUGUACCAUACAUAAUAAGCAUAACUAAUUCAUCAUUGUCAUCUAUGUCUAUAGACACUAUGUAAAAUUGAUCACCUGUAAGUUGUUGAAACAACUGUAAACCAUGGAAUACCACAAACUCCAUUCUUCACUUAUGAUGUAUGUGUUAUAUAUAUACUCUAUAUAUAGUGUAUACUAUUUUUCAUAUAUAUUAAAUAUAUAACACACACACACAUACAUCAUAUACAUAUAUUUCUAUAUGCAGUGGAAGUGCAUGGCUUAGUGGUUAUGGUGAAGGUGUUGGACUUAUGAUCACAAGGUUGUGGUUUCAAUUCCUGAACCAAGUGAUGCAUUGUGUUCUUGAGCAAAACACUUCAUUUCACAUUUCUCCAGUCUACUCAGCUGGCAAAAAUGAGUAACGCUGCGAUGGACCAGCAUCCCAUCCAGGUGGAAAGCAUAUAUGCCAUAGAAAUCAGAAAACUGGAUUUCUGAAUCUGUAUGACUUAGAAAGGAGCUUUAUCCCCCCUUUUUCCUUUUUUUUUUUUUAUCCUUCUAUAUGCAUACUUACACGAACUCUAUGUAUACAUAUAUACAAGUUUAAGUAAAUUACUUACAUACAUACAUGCACAAAAAUUAUGUACUCAUAUCAAAGUUUUUUAUUUUUUCACAACAUAGAUGUGUACACACACAUACACACACACACAUGAAAAUGUUUGCAAAUGAUAAAAAAAUAAAUCAUUGAGGUUAAUUAAAAAAAGUUAAUUAUAUUAAAUAUUAACAAAUACAAGUUCACAAACACAUAUUUACAGAUGCAGAUAUGUGUAUGCAUAUAAUUAAACUUACACACCCAGUCUCCUCAUUCUCCCUCUCUGUUUCUAGGUUUCCUCACUCUGCUCCAUCUGUAAUCUGAAGGAUGGAUAUUAGACUAAUUACUGUAAAUAUUCUCAAAGAAAACAAAUCCAUCACAUUUUGUUUUUAUUUACUGAUCUUUGUCUACACCACAGAUCUAAACCCUAAACUACUGUGAAAUAUUAAAAUUUUAUAAUCAACAAAUUUUGUUUACAGGCCAACAAUGUAACCCUGUUGGUAAUCUUUAUUUUACUUAUUAAAAUUCCUUCUUUGUUAUACCCCUCUCCACAACACAUGCCUGUCACCUUCAAAUGAAAUAUAAAAUUAUAAAGGCAAUAUCAUUGUUACAAUAAAUAAUUUUCUUUAAGUGUCCUAGGAAUUGAGGAAGGCAGUGCUCUCAAGGUUUGAACUUUAAAUGUAAAAAGCCAACAUGAAAAAUCAAGGCAUUUUUAAUGCACUGAUGAUUCUGACAAUUUGCCUACUUAAUAAUAAUAAUAAUAAUAAUAAUAUUUUGCUUAAUACCACAGAUUUGCUUGUCAGUUGUUUGACCUUAACCAGCUGAGCAUGUCCCUUGGUGGCUGAUGAUAUGUGCAUCUCUGAUCACGAGCUGAAGUAGUGGGGGAGCAUCAUAGCCAUGUGUUGAGAGGAAUUCUUUGGGGUUUGAAUAAUUCACCUUUGGAAACAUGGGUGUUUUAAUCAACAUCCUUAAACAAACCUUAUUCAGGGACCUUUUGAGUGGGAUGGGCUACUCGACCUGAAGAAAAUUCUAACUGGGCCCCACCUGCGAGGUCAUGCGCUGUUUAUCUUUAUAUGAGAUCACCAUAUCGCGCACAUAUGGUUGUGAUGCAUGUGCUUGGUGUACCCUUAUCAGACGGGUAGUCAUGAUGGGUAUAAUGGGCUUCGUAUAUUUUACCCCAGUGUCACUUUGAUGAUAUUCACUGCUCUCUCACUCAAUAAUAAUAAUAAGUAAUAAUGAUUCUUUCUACUAUAGGCACAAGUCUGGAAAUUUUGUAGGAGAGGGCUAGUCAAUUACAUAGACCAUUGUCAGUGCUUAACUGGCACUUGUUUUAUCAAGCCUUUUUGGAUGAAAUGCAAAGUUGACCUUGAUGGAAUUUGAACUCAGAACAGAAAGGCAGAAGAAACACCACUAAGUAUUUUGUCUUUCUUGCUAAUGAUUUUGCCUGCUCACUGCCUUAAUGAUAAUAACAACAACAACAACUGUUUCUAACAUAGGCUGAAGGCCUGAAAUUUUGGGGAGGAGAAUAGCCAUUUAUAUCAAUUAUUCAUUUCAAAUACUUGCCCUUCUUUAUAUAUAUAGAUAUACGCAUAUCUAUAAAUAUAUAAAGGGGUUUUGAUUGGUCAUAGUAUUGCUGUAUGAGAACAAAAUUAAAAUUUCUCCUGUCUGUCUCACGUUUUCUUUUAUUCUCUGUUACAGUAUCAGACACAAUGACUUGUCAUAUUUGUUCAAGAUCUUUAUUUACAAUCUGAGUUCAGAUUCUGUGAAGUGCAACUUUGCUAUUCACCCUACCCAUGAAAUAUUGGGAUCGCUAUAAUCAAAGCUAUUCCCUUCCUCCAACUUUCAGGUCUUGUCUUUAUAUUAGAAAUUAUUAUUAUUUUUAUUAUUACAAUUAUUAUUAUUAUUAUUAUUGUUAUUAUUAUACAGCAGAAUUGUUAGCAUGCUGGACGAGAUACUUAACAGUAUUUCACCCCUUACUACAUUCUGAGUUCAAAUUCUGCCGAGGUCAACUUUGUCUUUCAUCCUUUCAAGGUCAAUAAAAUAAGUACCAGUUGAAAACUGGGAUCAAUGUAAUCAACUCAUCCCCUCCCCCAAAAAACUGUUGCCCUUGUGGCAAAAUUUGAAACCAUUAUUAUUAUUAUUAUUAUUAUUAUUAUUAUUAAGGUGACGAACUGGCAGAUUUGUUAGCAUGCCGGGCAAAAUGCUUAGUAGUAUUUCAUCUGUUUUCACAUUCUGAGUUCAAAUGCCACCGAGUUCAACUUUGCCUUUCAUCCUUUCAAGGUCGAUAAAUUAAGUACCAGUGAAAUACUGGGUUCGAUGUAAUUGACUUAACCCUUCCCCCAAAAUUUCAGGCCUUGUGCCUAUAGUAGAAAGGAUUAUUAUUAUUAUUAUUAUUAUUAUUAUUAUUAUUAGAUCAGUGGAAUGGCUGAAUCAUUAUAAUGUUAUAAAAUGCCUCACAGAAUUUGGCUCUUGAUGUUUAGAGUUCAAAUCCUGCUGGGGUCAACUUUGCCUUUUAUCCCUUUGUUGGGGUCAAUAAAAUAAAGAACCAGUUAAAUGCUAAAGUUGACAAUAUUGACUAACCCCAACCCUCAAAAUUACUGGCCUUGUGCCAAAAUUUGAAACAAUUAUUAUUAUUAUUAUUAUUAUUAUGAAAGCAGGGAAGUGGUAGAAACAGUUGAGUGCCAUACUUUACAAAAUACCUCAAAAUAUUUCUUUCUUUAUAUUCUGAGUUCAAAUACUGCCAGGCAAACACUGCCUUUCAAUCUUCAAAAGUACCAGAAGAGUAUUCAGGAUCCAAUCAAAUACAUUUCUACACUACAACCCUUAUGAAAUUAUUACUAUUUCAAAGAUUGGCAAAAUUGGUAGAAUGUUGGGCAAAAUAUUUUGUGGUAUUUAGUUGCACUCAUUUACAUUUUCUGUUCAAAUUUCACCAAAGUUUUUUUUUUUUUUUUUUUUUUUUGCUUUCCAUCCUUCUGGGGGGGGGGGGGCAAUAAAAUGAAGUACUGGUCAAAUACUGAGGUCAAUUAAAUACUGUUGCCUCUAAAAUUUGUAGCCUUUUGCCUAUGUCAAAAUGCUUGGCAGCAUUUCUUCCGACUUCAUGUUUUGAGUUCAAAUACCACCUUGGUUGACUUUGCCUUUCAUCCUUUCGAGGUUGAUAAAAAAAGCGCCAGUUGAACCCUGGGGUUGAUGUAAUUGACUUACCCUUCCUCUGAAAUUGGUGGCCUUGUGCCAAAAUGUGAAAUCAUCAUCAUCAUUAUUAUUAUUAUUAAAGAAUCACUAGAGUGUUGAAAAAAUGUAUUGUAGUAUUUCUUUCAGCUCUGCACAUUCUGGGUUCAAAUCCCACUGUGGUCAACUUUGUUUUCAAUACAAUAAAGUAACAGUCAAGUACUGUGGUCAGUGGUUAUCACUAACUCCUUUCCGUCAAAAUUACUGACCUCGUGCUUAAAUAUUUGAA